AUGAACUACGCGAUCCUCAUGUUCCGGGUGCGGAUCGUCCACUCCUUCUCGGUGGUGUUCCUCUACUGGUUCUACGCCCUCGAAAAUGGGUUCGGUUCGGCGUCAGGCGAGCUGGGAUCCGAUGGCGACCUGAGGCUCGGUGGGGUGGCCGAUGAUGAAAGGAAGAGGAAGAGGAUGGAGUCCAACAGGGAAUCGGCCAGGCGCUCCCGGAUGAGGAGGCAGAAGCAGCUGGAGGAUUUGGUCGGAGAAGUGGGGCAACUGCAGCAGGCUAACGCUCAGCUCGUGGCGAGUAUCAAUGCGGCUGCGCAGAAGUAUGCUGAGGUUGAAUCGGCCAACAAUGUCCUCAGGAUGCAACUUACCGACAGGCUCCGGUCCCUGAACUCGGUGCUUGAGAUCGUGGAGGUGGUCAGUGGGCUCGCGAUUGAUAUUCCCGAGAUUCCCGACCCGUUGAUGAAGCCCUGGCAGAUCCCUCGUCCGAUACAGCCCAUAAUGGCAUCUGCAGACCUGUUUGAGUGCUGAUGUAUCGAUUACCGUCGCAAAUGUGGAAAGAGCGCUUUGGAUUUUAGAUUCUCUUUACCUCUGUGGUUGAUGUGAAUAUUGUCUGAUGUCUCUGAUGUUCAUACUUCUUGGCAGUUGUAAAAUGUCGGUUCCCUGUCUGAUGACUGGAUUUGCUCUCUUUUUUGUACAAGGGGGUGUCGUUUUCACCCUCAUUAGCUUUCGAAAUUUCCAUGAUGAUGAAUGGUUGUAAGAAACCUAUAUUUGCAGUUUGUGGACAAAGACAUGUUGCCAUGCUGUAUCCCCGUGCUUCUUUCAGCAGAAUAUGGUUUGUCAGAUUUUCA